GCCAGGCAGUGGGUGCUGGUGACUGGCCAUCGCCGGCUGAUUUCGUCGCACCACGGGCCUGCGGCGGCCAUGGAAUCUUUAAAUCUGAGAUUCUCUAUUAGCCCACGAUGAUUACAUGAUUUAUUACAUGCGCAUGCAUGCUGCUGCUUAUGUACCGACGCAGCCUCAAAUCUAAACCCACGCCCUGCUUCCCCACAGCUGUCAAGUCCCGGCACGACUGACGCCAGCUAGGGACCCAAGAAAAUUUAAACUCGCAAUCAGGGGCCCUUUUUUGUGAAUAAAAACACCCGGAAUCGCCCUUCAGGAAACAUGGCUUCGUUUGGUGUUGAUUAUCAUCAUAUUACCGGCAACCCACGGAGAUCGGCUCAUCAAUAUCAUGGCUCCACUAUGGUCGACCAAGCAAGCCAGCAUCCACCAGGAGCCAUUACUAUAUGGUUCUCUGGACGUCGGAGACUACGACGUGGCAUGUUCUCUGGGCUCUUCUUUCCUAGCCACCCUCUCGCCCAACCCCGGCCCCUUCGACAUGUCCUCUCCCGUCUCCAUCAGUGCCACUCGGUCCUCUCCAUCAGGGUCAAGGAUCGGACGUCCGCCGCAAUGGACGGUAUCACGAUCACGGAAGCUGGCACGGCUCUAUCUAUACACGACCUUGUCCAUCGAGAAGAUCAUCAGAGUGUUGGAGGAUGAUGUUUUCAAACCACGCAAGAACUCUGCCCAGAAGACCAUCCACAAGAUGCUGGACAACGACCCCCGGUACCUACGCCCCGAAUCACGAGUUGAGAUGGACCUGCGCAUCAACAACCUGUCAAGCUCCCCCACGAGGCGACGGACAAGGAGACCUGGCUCGUCGUCUGUGACCUAUUUUAGCGGCAGCGCCAGCAGACAUGCCCACGGCGAGAGAGAAGCGACGUUGUCAAGUAUCGAGGUCUCAUCUGCUUCUGGGUCGAGCCGCAAGGCAGAGGAAACGCACUCGUUGCGCUCAAAAAGCUCGGUGGACUGGCCGACCAGCGGCCACAUCCCAAGGCCUGACCCAUACCCAAACCAGUUUUCCAUCCCUAUUAGGGGGAAUUACGGACAGGGCAGGCCGAGGACAUCAGAGUCCAGUGAGGCACACUUAUCCACGGUUCGGGACCUGAAACGAAGGGUGUCGGACUGCUCAACCAACUACGCCCAGCAGGUAUCUACCUUGCUCGAAGAGUUUACCAUAUCCAGCGGCUCUGAAGACGAUGACUCGCCGUUUGAUCGCCGGCCGUCGUUUGACCCGAGCGAGCUGCCAGAGCUGGCCAUGACCCCAGACUUUGAGGCUUUGGACGUUUUCGAGGCCUUUCCCGAGCCGGGAUUUGCGCUACCUGGGGACUUUCUAAGCGCACACAGGCGAAACUGCGCCGACUUUCCGGGGCAAGAGCAUGGAGGUGGGAAGUGUUGGUGCUCCAUUGCCGAAGAGACGUCGAGCCAUGAGGAUUCGUGGCUGUUUCCGAACGGCGAACUGCGCGAGCGAGCGAACCGUAUUCUCGAGAACUCAUCGCCAGCCAACAUCAACCAGCGGGAUGGUUUUGGUAACACCCCGCUUCAUUUGUUCGCUGCUUUAGAUGGGUACCAAGACGCCCUGUUUAGGCUUGUUGUCAACAGUACCAACGUCAAGGCGACGAACAAUGCACGCCAGACUUUUCUCCACGUUCUCAACCUCGAUUGGUUCUCGGACCUCACCAGUCCCACGGCUCCUCUGAAGCAACUGCUCACGUUUCUAGUCGAAUCCGCGCCGGAUAUUGUUUACGAGACGGAUGUCUACGGCCGGAAUUUCUUCCAUCGCGCCCACUCCAUCGUUCGCGAUCCCGAGAUGCUAGCCGCCGUCAUGUCCCCAUUCGACCCAGCCAGGGCCCUGCGCCGAGAUGCCUUUGGCUUCAGCCCCUUGAACAAUACGGCACUCGGUGGCGAGGGACCCUAUAUUCCGCCGAGACGGUCUGGAACCCACUCGCCUCAUCUACAGGACUCUCCAGUACUCGCCGGAAGCGAGGGAGGAGCCACACGAGGGCCGAUGCUUUCUAGGCACAGCACUAACAGCCCACGGCCGUCAGCCGCCGACGAAGACUCGUUCCUGGCUUACCACGCCCGGCUUGUGCAGACGAUUCAGUCGUCGUACAUCCAUCCGCGAGCCGAGGACGCCGAGGGCCGGAACGGUCUGCACUGCCUCGCCGAAGCCAUCCUCAACCAGCAGACCAUGGACGAGCAGCGGUCUGCCAUGUCAACGGGCCGGCCCCUGAAGCGGAAAGCCGAAAGCGCGGCCGGGCC